AUGUUAGUCAAACGUUUCGUGCUUCGAUUGACGCUUGCCGGUUUCCUGGAACUUAAUGGCUUCGUCGGACGCCAGCGUAACACAUCCCUACCGCCAACAAGUAUGACAACUGCGAAAAAGCACUCAUCAUCAGAGAUUGAGCCUACUUGUAUAGGAAGCGGCAAAUUUAUUCACACCUUUGAUCUAAAAUCGGAAGCACUAACUGUCAGAUUGGCACCAGAGAAAGACUAUUGUGCAGUUGGCCAAUGCGAUGGGUGCCUGUUGCUUUUACCAACCCCGAACAUGCGAAAAAAAUGUGUAAGACUGGAACUUCAAGCAGAUGAAGGCCUACCUUGCACUGAUUUAGCCUUCAUCCCUAGACGCUCGGAACUUCGCAGGCUAAUUUCCGUCUAUGCAUCGGGAUUCAUCCGAAUCUGGCAGUUUACUGAGACUGGCAAAGGGUCCUUGUGGAAAACUUGGCGGGAGACUGAAGUGAAACCUGAUGGUGAAGGAGACGAUGACGGAGUGACCAAAUACAAUCAGAUACUUUGUCUAGGAGUUUCUCCGGACAGCAAGCGUUUUGUCACCGGCGGCUCUGAUACCAUCGUCCGAGUUUACGACAUAUUGCGCCGAAGUGCCGGAAGACUUUUGAUCCCAAGCAUUCGAACGGAUAACACAGUGGCACAGAAUUCGCACACCAAUCGCGUCACAUCUCUGGUCUAUCACCCACGUGGUGCCAAAGAUGCGGCAUUGGCUCAUAUAUUCUUCUCAGCCAGCUGGGAUGGGACAGUGCAAGGAUGGGAUGACCGAACUUGUGGCUCCUUGUGGCAGUAUGCAGGAACAAGCGUGGCCGGUUCCGAUGGACUAUGUGUGGAUUCCACUCGCAACCUAUUGAUCAGCGGAUCGUUUAAACACGACAAAGUUUUGUCUCAGGUGUGGCAGGCACGCAUGUUUGGCGCCUCUGAAAAUCGCAAUACAAUGGUAAACAUGGACAAGCCGUUGAGUACUAUAUUGCAAGACGCUAACUCACCUCCGGUGCAAAUUUACGUAGUGCGACCGAGUCCAGACAAUGAAUUUCUCGUUUUCGGUGGGACAAACUGCAAUAUGAUAAAGCUCAUUCAAUCGGCCACCAUGCGCCAACUGGCCUUAGUGACCAAUCUACCUGUCGGAGUGUACAGUGCAGACAUCUGUGUUGACGCCGCGGACAAGAAGCGAUUUCUGGUCUCUUUCACAAAUGGCAAGAAAGUCUAUCUGCUUCUGCAACUGGCCUUAGUGACCAAUCUACCUGUCGGAGUGUACAGUGCAGACAUCUGUGUUGACGCCGCGGACAAGAAGCGAUUUCUGGUCUCUUUCACAAAUGGCAAGAAAGUCUAUCUGCUUCUGGUUGAUCCUCGACACCCUAAUUUUAGCGAAACCCCGUGAUGUCAAUUUUAGAACGCUUCUGACGCCUUGCAAUGAUCAUUUUCCUUUUUUUGGUGCAAUAUUUUCCACCCAAAUGAUUUCACUACCUUUCGUUUCUGUCACUCGGUUUUCUGAGAACAAUUCAAC